AUGCGCCCCUUGGACCUGAACAUUAUAUGGUUUAACAGCACUCUAGAAAAUGCAAUUCUUGGGCCUGAAUUGGACAUAUCCUGUGACAGCCCCAAGAGCUUAUUGCAAGCCAAGAAUCUUUUGAAACAAGGUAACUGGAGACAGGUUCUGGGAAUUAAUACAGGAGACUUGAAGCAGGUGAUCAUAGCAUGUGGUAAGGCUGCUGCAGAGAAUGAUAUACAUACAGAAGUGCUGAUAUCUGAGCUACGUCAGCUGGUGUCUAUCUCUGGAGAUCCAAUGCAACGCCUAGGAGCAUACAUGUUGGAAGGGCUUGUGGCCAGGCUCUCUUUCUCUGGAAGUAAGCUGUAUAAAUCCUUGAAGUGCAAAGAACCUACAAGCUCUGAGUUAAUAUCUCACAUGCAUCACCUUUCUGAGAUCUGCCCAUUCUACAGGUUUAGUUACAUGUCAGCCAAUGGUGCCAUAGCAGAGGCUAUCAAAAGCGAGAACUUCGUUCACAUCAUCGAUUUCCAUAUCGCACAGGGGAGCCAGUGGAUAACUAUCAUUGAGGCUCUUGCAGCGAGGUCUGGGGGUCCACCAUGCCUAAGAAUCACUGGCAUAGAUGACUCAAACUCUGCUUAUGCCCGAGGUGGUGGACUGGAUAUGGUUGGGACAAGAUUGCAUAGUGUCUCUGCGUCGUGUGGCAUGCCCUUUGAGUUCAAUGCUGUUCAUGCUGCUAGCCAUGAGGUUUAUCUUGAGCAUCUUGAUAUAAGGCCCGGGGAGGUCAUUGUAGUGAAUUUUGCCUAUGAGCUGCAUCAUACUCCUGAUGAAAGCGUGAGCACGGAAAAUCACCGGAACAGGAUUAUAAGAAUGAUCAAGAGCCUAUCCCCCAGGGUUGUGACUCUUGUUGAGCAGGAGUCGAAUACAAACACAGCUCCAUUCUUCUCAAGAUACUUGGAGACCUUCGAAUACUAUACGGCAAUGUUUGAGUCAAUAGAUGUUGCUCUCCCAAGGGAUGAUAAGAGACGGAUUAGCACAGAGCAGCACUGUCUUGCAAGGGAUGUCAUCAAUUUAAUAGCGUGUGAGGGUGCUGAAAGGGUUGAGAGGCUUGAGGCGUUUGGGAAAUGGAAGGCAAGGUUUGCAAUGGCUGGAUUUAGGCCGUACCCACUGAGUUCGCUGGUGAACAACACCAUCAAAACGCUGCUGGAUAACUACCACAGUUGCUACAGGCUUGAGGAAAGGGACGGAGUCCUUUACCUUGGUUGGAAGAGUAGAGUAUUGGUCGUGUCUUCCGCAUGGUGCUGA